CUGUCAAAUGCUUACAAACCGUGCCAUACAAAAUGUAAACAAACAACGCUUGGAAGGAUAAAAAUGAUUCCAAAUAAAGAAUUUUGUGCGGUUUUACUCAUGUGAGAGCAAUUAGUUGAGGAAAAUGUGCUACUUACCACGAGGAUGAGCUCCAACGAAGAUUCUCCCAAAACGAAGCGCUGGUCAAAGUAUGUGCGUGAUGUCUACGACCCAGUACAGGUCGGAUCGAUCGAUGGGACGGACCAGGUGCCUCACGACCGGGCUCUGGUGCGUGCCAUGAAUUCCAACUACCGGCCAAAUCGCAAGGUGAAAGGUAAUCCGAUGCACACGAUCUUCAUCGGUCGAUUGGCACAUUCCGUCACGGAGGAACAGUUACGCGGUAAGUUUGCACCCUUCGGCACAAUCGUUCACACACGGUUAGUCACCGACAUGCUUACCGGACUGCCCCGAGGAUACGCGUUCAUUGAAUACAGCACGCGAGACGAAGCGCUGCGAGCCAUCGACCGUAUGCACGGCGUCAGUAUCGACGGCAAGGAGAUCCUCGUCGACGAGGAAUGGGAACGCCGGCUGGAAGGUUGGAAACCGCGCCGCCUGGGUGGCGGUUUCGGAGGGAGAAAGAAAUCGCAGCAGCUCCGAUUCGGUUGCAAGGUGCAACCGUUCCGAAGGCCUAUUCUUGAGUCGUCUAGCACCGUCGUUGGCGGUGUUUCGAGCGUGAGCGAAUGGAACCGUCGGGUGCGUCAUCGAAAAGAAGGAUCACGGCCCACCAACAGGGACGAUAAUGAUGGAGAAUGACAAAUGACGCUUGCCGGAAAAAUAAUGACUGUAUGUAAGUUUUAAUAGCAAUAAAAUAACCAGCGGACAACCGAACAAAAAAUGCGUGCUCUCACUGCAGCACGGCCGCAUU